AGGGUCUCAGGCGUUUUCCCGGGGAGACAGGCGCGAGCUGGGCCGGCCGUCGGGCGCCUUGCUUCCAAAGGCCGAGUUUUCCCGUGUGCGGUCCCGCUCAGGCUGCCCGGCUGCAUCCGACCCGAGGCGCUUCAGGGAAUGAAUGUUUAAUUUCAGAAAUUUUAGGAAAGCCGCCUUCUGUGAACGUCUUGACUGUAGUUUCCUCCCUCAGCAGAAAGCUUAUAGCCCAGCUUUGAUUAAAGAUGACUUCCUUGUUCACUCAAGAAAUCCACCUUUCUAAAAGGCAUGAAGAAAUAGUAUCACGAAGAUUAAUGUUACUUCAGAAAAUGAGGAAUAAUUUUGGUGAUCAAAACACAGGCAGGGCAUGUCUCCUCCAAGCCACUGAGACUGCUCUAAAGAGGAACCUCAGUCUCUUGCAGGACAUAGAAGCUGCAGAGAAGUCUUUACAGGCCAGUCUUAAGCCACACCCACAGCCUGCAGUGCGGUCUCUUGAGACUCGUUACUGGGCAUCAGUAGAAGAACAUGUCCCCAAAUGGGAACAGUUCCUUUUGGGAAGAGCCCCAUACCCGACUGGUAGUGAAAACCAAAAUGAGGCAGGAAACACCAUUCAAAAUGAGGCACAGCGGUAACCUCAUGUGUAACUCAGAAAACUAAAACAAAAUCAAAACCAACUACGUGACAAAACUAUGUAAGUCCUGGCGGGAACCUCAGGGAAUAAGUGUGCUUUGUUUUGUUCCAGUGCCACGUCAGUCUGAGACCCCACCGAAAAGUCUCAGGUCGGACUGUCACAGGGCCGUAGAUUUGCCAAUAAAAGUGUUAAAAUCUCA